UUUCGGCCUUCCUCCUUUUUCUUGCUUAUUAUCUGCAUUUUCUCAUUUGUCUUUCUAUGCUCCAUCACUUCAAAACUUGCAAAACAUUAAUAUAAAUAAAAUAUAUUUUGCUUCCUCUACUUUCUCCUCAUCCUUCUUCUCUUUUAUUCUCUGAAAUCAUACCCAACUAACACUCUAGCUUUCUCCACUCCCUCUCAUCAAAGGCAAAUGGGGUGUGAUCAUUCUGGUCAAAGACUAAGCUUUCUUAGGUUCUCUCUUCUCUUUCUCAUAGUUUCAAGCUGGAGCCACCAUGGAUUUGUUGCUGAAGGAAGAAAGAGUCUAAAACAGAAGGGUUCUCAACAGGUAGUGAGUGAAGAUGAUAAGACGAUGAUGAGAGCACAGAUAGGGUCAAGGCCACCAAGGUGUGAGAAAAGGUGCAGGUCAUGUGAACACUGUGAGGCUAUUCAGGUUCCUACAAAUCCACAAGCUAAGAAUAAUUCAAAGCUUAAAACAAUUGCUUAUGCAAGUGGUGAAGACAAUUCCAACUACAAGCCCAUGAGUUGGAAGUGCAAAUGUGGCAACCUCAUUUUCAACCCCUGAUGCUGCCUCAUUUUACAAUUUAGUAAUCAAUUUGUCAACUCUGUAUAUGAAUUACACACUGCCAAGUGAUUCUUUCUUCUUUUUUUGGAGCCUUUAUUUUUGUUUUUAUUAGUGUCUUUUUCUCUCUGAGG